GGUAAACAAAGAUGGCGGCGGAGCUCCAAGCUUCCUUCAGCUUGUUUGGAUAAUUCAGGCUUUAGAAUGAAGAUGAUCUCCGGGGAGUAGUCGGGACCGGCCCGUGUGCAGGAUCCCUGCCGCCUUGCUCCAGCUGUUUUCGGUGUGAAGCAGUGACAUGAGCGGCUGGGCCGGUUUCUCCGAAGCGGAGCUGCGGAGGAUGCAGCUGGAAGACUCAGCCGGGCCCCCAGGGGCAGCCCGCGGGCGGAAGCCGGCUCCAGCCAACCGGACCCGGCAGCAGUUACUGCGGGAGAGAGCCCUUCAACUCACCGCUCAGAGAGCCGGAGGAGCCGGGAGCACUGGGCUUCCCCCGGAGCAGCAACUCACCAAGCCGCCGCCGAGAGAAGAGCCAGCUGCCGUGGCUCCAGCUCCAGCCCCGGCUGCAGCAGGAGCUCCAGGAGGAGGUCCGGCUCCAGCUCCAGGAGGAGGUCCGGCUCCAGCUCCAAGAGGAGUUCCGGCUGCAGCAGGAGCUCCAGGAGGAGGUCCGGCUCCGGCUCCAGCUCCAGGAGGAGCUCCGGCUGUAGAAGCGAAGCCCGUUGAGUUGAAGCCGGGUGAAAACCAUCUGACCCUGGUUGUGAAAGAGCUGGAGAAACAAGAGGUGGAAAUACGGGAGAAGACGCGUCUGGAGCUCCUGCAGCAGGAACAGAAAGUCAUGGAGGAGGGGAAUAAACGCAAGAAAGCUCUGCUGUCCAAAACCAUCGCUGAGAAGUCCAAGCAGACGCAGGCGGAGGCUGUGAAGCUGAAGAGGAUCCAGAAGGAGCUGCAGGCCCUCGAUGACAUGGUGUCCAACGAUAUCGGCAUCCUGAGAGAGAAGAUAGAACAAGCCAGCUGGGGCUACAGCGCCGCCAGGAAGCGUUUCGAGAAGGCAGAGGCCGAGUACGUGACGGCCAAACUGGACCUGCACAGGAAGACGGAGGCGAAGGAGCAGAUGACGGAGCACCUCUGUGCCAUCAUCCAGCAGAACGAGCUGCGCAAAGCCCACAAGCUGGAGGAGCUGAUGCAGCAGCUGCAUCUUCAGGCUACCGAGGAGGUGCUGGAGAAGCUGAAAGAGGGGGAGGAGGAGGAGGAGAAGAGGAGAAGCUGUGCGGAGGGAAACGGUUUAGUAGCGAACCAGGAGGGAGCAGUGCAACCAGCAGAAGUCUGUGAACCGACAGAGGACAAGAGUGUGAGGGGGGACAGCGGGGGGGAGGUCCAGGGAGACAAAACAAAGACUGAACCACCAGAGACUGAGCAGGAGGGUCACACGUUAGAGAACGGUGUCCCCAGCGAGACGGUGGCGUCCUGAUGAUCACAGAGCAGUGGGUCACCUCCUCUGAAACAUCUGGAUCACACCCUCUCCACUGUGGGAUCAAACUGAGCCUGAGUUUGUCCCUGAGAGUCGCAGCUUGACUCAGGUCUGCUGAACAGUUUGUCUCAGUCUGGCAUCAAACCUCAAGUCGUCGGUCCCGACUGAAGUGACUUCAACCAGAUCUGCUCUCUACAAACGGGUUCCACGUCCAGCGGAUCAGCUGCCGUCAGGUUCUGGUCCAGGGUCAGCUUAUCACCUCGUCUGUCACAGUUUCACAAUCAAACCAAGAUGAGCAGUUCUGUCUCAAUCUGACCUGAGAACAGACGUCAAGUAAACUUCAGCUGCUGCAAAAACCUUCUGUAGGAAAACAGACGAAAUGUGGAAUUUUCCUCACAAGUGUCGAAUGACAACAUUUAAAUAUAAAAAAACCUCCUCAGCCAACAGAAAUGUCCCUUCAGCUGAUUCUGGAUCAGAACCAACAGUUCUCUGAGCGUAGUUACCGGAUCUGCACCACGGUCACCACACUGGUAACAUCAUGGGACCUCGGUAUCAAGUUCAUGAAGUUUAAGGUUUAAAGGUUUGACCACUGAGACACUUUCUGAUGAGAGACACCUGAAGUCCUGCUGCACACAGAGGGAGGUUGAGUCUCCUGCUCAUUAGAGGAAGAGCCGUCGUCUCCUGGUCCAACCAGAACCAGAACCAGAACUCUCUGGUUCUGGUUCUGGGCUGGAAAAAAGAAUGAAUCCAUGUAACUUUGUUAUUUUAAAUUAAUUUACUCAUGAUUCUUUGGAAACGGGGUUUGUCUGAUUUUAAUCAAUUGAUUGAAUUUAUUUCAUGAUUUAAAGAGACACAUUUAACUUUACAUAAAAACAACAAGACAACAACUCACAAGAUGAAUAUAGAACACUAGACUAAAAAGAAUGAGAACACGUCAACAGAAAUAUCGACUGUACAAUCUUAAGAAGGCUGCUUGUACUUAUCUUGAAUCUGAGGACUUUGAUUUCUGUUGUCAAAACGGUUCUUUGUUGAAAGUGAAUCUAUGAAACUCCUGGUGUCUGAAUCAGCAGCAGAUCAGAACCUGAAACUGAUCUCUGCAGAAGACCACAGUUUGUGAUUGUGUCUCUGUGGCGAGGAGGAAACCCGGGUCCCGUGUGGUGGCAGCUGACCCUGGGUCUGCUGCUCAGAGCCCGGUGUGGUCCUGUCGCUGAGCAGUAAGAGGAUCUCUGCUCACAUCGUGGCCACGCUCUCGGCUGCACACGGAACCAAAGAUCUGCUUCUGACCAAAGCUCCAUUAGUUUGAGUGUUUGUAGUAAAUGUGGCAAAGAAAAGUUAUUUAAAGCUGCAAUAUUUAAAAGGGGAGAGGGUUUAUUAUACACACUACUGUUUGAUAUUUUACUAAAAUAAACUAAAAGAGCAUCGUU